AUGGCUGCAGUGACUAGCCAUCUUCAAAAUACUUCUUGCUUAACUAAUGCUCAUCCAAUGCCGCAAGGAAACAAAAUGGAUAUUAGAUUGUUUCCGCCAUCUCAUGACAGAGUCAAAAUUAAUUUUAAUGGCUCAGUUCGAAGUAACUCUGCAGCUGGAGGUUUCAUUAUAAGAACAGAAACCGGAAAAUCUCUCGCUGCAGCAUGCUUCAACCUUGGCACCACCACUGUUCCAGUUGCGGAAGCGAUUGCCUUACGCAACAGCCUCAUCUACGCGAAGAAUCAAGGCCUCUCCAAAAUUGAAGUUGAAGGCGAUUCUAAGCUGGUGAUUGAUGUUGUGAAUGGAGUUUCGAGUCCUCCUUGGAAGCUACUCAAGCUUGUUCAAGAUAUUAAGGCUUUGAGUAGUUCCUUUGAGUUUGUUAAAUUCAAGUAUGUCUUUAGGGAAGCCAAUUUCGUGGCUAAUGCUUUGGCCAAUCUUGGUCACAUGGUUGAUAAUAUGAACCUGUGGGAGGAGUGUGUUCCCCCAGAGGUGUCUUCAGCCCUUAUUUUUUAUGUUGUGAACAUUGGAUGCGUUAGAAACACCUCUAUAUAA